AUGAAUCCCGAAUCGCAUCGUCCGUCGCCGCUACGGGCCGCUGAGUUCGCCGUGCAACAAAUUCGCCGAGUCCGGCGCGGCUUGGUGCCCGUCGCCGCGAGUAUAACAUGCUCUUGCGUCGACAUCUGCGCAAAUAUUGAUUUAGUAAGUCGGAGCGACGGCGGCCUCGGCUGCCCGAACGCCGUCAACGUCGCCUUUCUUCCUAUUGCUAUUGAACGUGAACGAUCGAUCGAUGCUGAACGUUGCUGGGGUCAACGGCACCUGCAAGGCCCAGAUUCGGUUCCCCAUAAGCUGCCAUUUUCUCGGGAAGCGUCGGCGCGUGGUGCGACGCCGCGCCGCUCGCCGCUCGCGCAUUCUAUCACGGCGGAACUCUGCGCGCGCAUAUUGACGCUCGUUAUUAAUGCAGUCACCACAGCGCGGCGAAAAGGGCGCAUAGACGCGGAGUAUAAAGCGGCAACGUUUCCCGGGACCGCUAGCCGCGCGCCGUCGGCGGCGGUCCGAGGAACCUUCAACCUGCACUUGAACUCGCGUCCGCCGCCCGGCGCUGGCUUUGCGCAAUCGAGCGAAACGAAAUCCGAGUUUCGCACUCCACACCCGGUCAAGCCCGCCGUCCGCCAGCGUCGAAAUAAGUCCGCGCUGAUUGGGGCGGCAGUUCGCUGGGCGUCGCGAGCGCUACACUGUCCGUCGGUAAACGGCUACGUUAGUGGGAAGCGUGAUGCGUACGGCGCGGCUGGGCCGGCACUGACGCGAGGCGGGCGCUCCGCGGUGCCGCCGCUCACGGAGGCUUCUCAGCCGAGCUUUCAGCGACACAACCCGCACGCACUGCACACUGCACACGCCCUCGGACCGCGUCUACCCACGCGAUUGUUCUCGACCGUCCAAUGUUCC